AUGCCCUCCCUCCCGCAAUCCGUCUCGUUAAUCACCUCCCAUCUUCCUUCUUUCCCCGCCACCUCCAAUCUAACAAUCACAUCCGCGCCGAAGAUUCUCCUUUCCGCUCUCUCAGUCACUUUGAUCGUCCUGGCUUAUCGCGACUACCGAACCUACAUUUCCUAUGGCCCCGGUGGCAGCCCACACAAUGUGAUCGGGUGGUUUGGCGUGCGCGUGGCAAUGCGCCCCUUCAAACGAGAGAUGUUUUCAACGGAUGUCUAUACCCGGAAAAUCAAAGACGGAGAGAGCACAAGUUACCUGCCCGGAGAGAAGGAACUGAGCCAUAGAGAGGGCGGAAGACCCAAGGUUGGACCGCAUAUCGUGCCACAGAGACAACUGGAUGAGUUUGCGUCCAAGGAAAUGCAGAAGAAACUCGUUGAAGAGCUCGAGUCUUUCGCGACUCGAAACUCGCAUCUCGUGAAACUGGCACCUUCGGGGCUGGAACUACACGCAGAUGCAUUAUUCGUUGCCGAUGGACUUGCGAGUACUUUGCCGGCGGAGAAGACCAAUCGCGAGAUUGCUCAUAUCCACCGUUUGAAGGAUGGUUCACUUCAUGUGACGCUAGCACCGGCAGAUUGCAAAAAAGUCUUUGACGCUGGCUGGGGUCAGCGUCAUUCGUUGUCUGGGGCCUCGGUUCCCAAGGCUAUAACGGGCCGGACUUUAGAGCUCCCAUCGGAGUAUGUUCUGAUCUAUGCACCUCGCACCGAGGCUGAGGUGUCUUUCGUCAUGGAGGUUGUCAAGGCCAGUGUGGGGUACAUGACGGGGUCGGAGGACCUAGGGAGCCCUGAUUCGCAAACCGAGGAAUUAGACGACAUAUACCGCGAGACGGUUACCAUCCAUCGACGUGAAUAUCAAAGAUACUCCAUCGAUCACCAAAUAUCCUUUCGGCCGGUGGACGAAGAGGAAGCGGAACGCCUCGAUCUUCAACACCGGAUUUUCAACCGGGUUUUUGACAACCGCUUGAUUUUUCCGCCGAUCCCUCGGCCUCAACAGAUUCUCGACUGUGGUUACGGCACCGGAUCAUGGGCCAUCGAAGUUGCGGAGCAGUACCCAGACUGCGAGGUCAUCGGUCUGGACAUAUUCCCUCAUGCCAACUCAGACGAUAUCCCGGAGAAUCUGUGGUUACAGGUCGAUGAUUUGAACCGUCCGUUUACCUUCCCCUCUAACCAUUUCGACCUUGUGCACUCGAGAAUGCUUGCGACAGGAAUCAACAAAGAGCGGUGGCCGUCUUAUAUCAGGGAUAUGAAAAGAGUCCUUAAACCGGGAGGCUGGGUACAGUUAAUCGAGAUAUAUUUCAACGUCCAAUCCGAUAAUGGCUCGAUCACAGAGCAGAACGCGUUGAGGCAGUGGAGUUCUCAGCUCAUGGGGUCUCUCGAAGAGACAAAGGACCUCCGCGUAGGUACAAGGCUGAGAACCCUUCUGGCUGCCGAAGGGCUACAGGAGGUCGAUGCGAGGAUGAUCCCACUUCCUUUGAGUCCAUGGUCCAAUGAUCCACGGAUGCAGAAUAUCGGCGAAAUGAAUCGUGGAAAUACACAAAGACUGUUUUCAACAUUGGCACUUUACCCCUUUACUCAGAAGCUGAAUAUGACUUUGGACCGAUUCGAGGAUUUAAUCGCACGCGCACGACAAGAGGCUGAUACCGUUGGUCUGAAAGCGUACUUUCCAUUGUAUGUUUGUAUCGGACGAAAGACCCGCUGA